AUGGGUUGUGUUGUUUCAAGGCCUGAGACAAAUGAAGGAGGAGAUUAUAAACUUAUAACUCGCCGAGGAUCUAUCGGUAAAGAUAGUGAAAUUUCUGAGAGCAUCGUAUUAGAUCAAGAAUUGUCUACACAUAGCAAAAAGUCCAAAACAGGUGGUGAAAAGACAUGUAAGGAAGAGGAAGAUGGAUGCAAAAAUGCACAAGAAGAGAGAGGAGAGGAGCUAAGACUUUCACCAUCUCCUAGUUUUCGUAUUUAUUGUGUUUUCCCUCGUGAUCCUAAUGAUGACAGUUAA